UUACCCCCCAGACGGCAUUUGUUAAAGUCUCAACUCUGCAGUUACUCAGCAUUAGUUUAUAUUUUCUACGCAUAAAUGAAGGUUAUGUUCGAGUGAACGCCUUCCUUCUGUUCCCAGCGCGCGGCGACGCUAGGUGGCGCGCGCGCGCCGCGUUUGUCGCUCCACUUGUUGUCCGCGGACGGAGCUAGCUCGGUUAGCUCGGUUAGCUCAGCUCAUUUAAACUCUUCCCCCCCGAGCCAGUGAGUAGUGUGUCGGUUUUGCAUCUCGCAGCAGGGAGACGGACCGAACGGCUGCGCGUAGAAAGAAAACAAACAGCGGACACUCCGGGCUCAACAGCUCGCGAAGCUGGCACUUCGUCCGACAAAGGGCGAUUCCCUGGAAAGUGAAUUACAAAAGAGAUGAAGUUUGUGUAACGCGAACCGGUGAGAUCUAUCUAUCUAUAUCAGCUGCGUGCCGCACCGACCGGCCGAGGGCGCGUUCGUGUUCGCCGGGGUUUAUCCCGAAGUUGGGACUUCCAGUACCAUGAAUGCUGAGGGAUAUAGAAAUGAUUUACACUACACAGAAGCAGAGAGCAUUUGGCACGUGAUGCAGAAAUCUGGAGAUCUGGAUCAGAGGAGCAGAGAUGGUGAAGGCUGGAAGCUGGUGGAUGCGUUUCUUUCAGGAGGUGCUCCAUGGGGAUUUACACUCAGGGGUGGACUGGAACAUCGAGAGCCACUGCUCAUAACCAAGGUUGAGGAGGGCAGCAAGGCAGCAGCUGUGUGUCUCCAGGUGGGAGACGAGCUUGUCAACAUCAACGAGAUUCCCCUGAGCGGCUUCAGACAGGAGGCGAUCUGCCUGGUGAAGGGCUCCCACAAGACCCUCAGCCUGGUGGUGAAAAGGAGGAAUGAACCCAUAAGCAGGCCUCACUCCUGGCACUCCACCAAGUUCAACGAAAACCAAUCGGAGACUGCCAAAACACAGACUCCACCCACGCCAGUCUGGGACACCAGAUAUGAUGCAAGCUCAUCCUCGACUGACCUCUCCUCUGCCUGGGAGCAGACGAACCUGCGCCGAGUGUCCGACCAGUUCAGCUCUCUCGGCAGUAUGGACAGUCUAGAACACGUCUCGCACCCGUACUCCGCCGGUCAGCUGUCACAUGCCAAGUCCAACAACAGCAUGGAACACCUCGGAGGAGGGAAACGAGACUCGGCCUACAGCUCCUUCUCCACCAGCUCCGGCACGCCCGAUUACACCCUCUCGAAGAGCAACGCCGCCUCGACAGAGAACAUGCUCUGCAAAGUCAGCCAGUGGGAUGCUGGAGGAAAGCACAACAACCAUCACAACAAUACUCGAAACAGCCACAGCCUGACUGAGGGAGGCAAACUGGAUGAUAGGCUCACGUACUUUCAGAUGCCAGGGGUUGGCGCAGGCUGUGAGGGUCCGCAGAUUGAGGACCCGGCUGGCUCCCGCCAUUCCACUUCAAGCAGGACCAGCUACGGACCAGUGUGGCAUGUCCCUGAGAAAAAGAAGAGUGCUUCUCCGUCCCCUCCCCCACCCCCUCCACCUGCACGCAGUGACAGUUUUGCUGCGACUAAAGUACACGAGAGGGGGCUUGUCAUAGCUCACCCCGAAGGACCUGAUUCACAUGGCUCCUAUAAGGCUCCCACUGAAAAUCGCCCCCGCCACAACAUUUCCCUGAAAAACGACGGCGGCAGUUUUUACUCUUCGUCCGACAAAUCCAUCCACAACCAGUUCAGCUCAAACAAGCAGUACUCCCUGUCCAGCUGUGACGUUCGGCAGGGCCAGCCUCACCAUCAAAGACACCAUAGUGACAAAAGCACUUUCUACUCCCAGCCCUGGACUACGUCCGUACCAAAGCCACAGAACGUAGGUGGCUACCAUUGUAGCAUGCAAGAACUUCCUACUAACACGUCUGCACAACACUUUGGUCAGAACCAGAGAAGGAACUUGAGCGCCACCCUGGCCUCUGAGCAAAACACUGACAGCAGUGGACACAGUCGCUACUACUGUGUCACAACGUGCCAACCCGCGCAGCCUAACGCCCAGCUUACGUCGGGAAAACCAGAGGACAGGAGGAGUGUCACAGGUGCAGACCUGGCACAGAGUGGAAGUGAGCGUAAAUCUCUCAGCCCACAGACGGUCAACAAAGUGAAGUACCAUCUGGCCCAACAACACCCGGUGCAGCACAGUAAAGAUAAUAAUGGAUACGGCAAGCACCAAGUCACCACUGUACUGGAAACCUCCGUACCUAAACCCAGCUCUGACGAUGGGGGAAGCCAGAGAGGACACAACACACAAAGUGCAGAAGCUCAGUACGUAAGUUACCCUCCUACCAGACAAUCUGAACAGCGAAGGUCUCUCCCAGUACAACACAGGGAAAUACCCCAAGACAUAAGAUACCACAGUCAAGUCAACAACAAAAUCAGCCCCCACGCAACCCCCAUGCUGCACUCGCUGUCCAUGGAUGCCGCCGACCAAGAUGAGAAAACAAGAGGCUCAAUCUCUGAGGAGUCCCUCGAGAGCAAGCAGGUGAAGCGCAGCGAGCGUUUUGCCACUACAUUGAGGAAUGAAAUCCAGAUGAGAAGGGCCAAGCUGCAGAAAAGUACGAGCGCCGCCAUCCUUCCCGGUGCGGAGGGUGAAACCAAAGAGGAUCAGGAUGUCUGGAAGUCAACUGAAGGCCCCAACACCCCGACAUCUGCAGACGGCUCCUUCUCCAACUCCUACAAGGAUCAUCUGAAGGAGGCACAGGCAAGGGUUCUCAAGGCGACAUCUUUCAGGAGGAAAGACCUGGAGCUCAUUUUGGCGGAGAACCCUACAGCAGAGGCCUUGCCUAACUACCCAUCCCGUAAAGAUGUCCCCCCUCUGCCAACUGUCACAGAGUCAGUCAUGACUAAGUCGGGGCAUGCAGCUGGUCAGGUGACUCGCAUUGGAGGCCGGAAGCGUUUCGCUGCCGAAAAGAAGGUACGGUCUUUCUCCGAACCGGACAAAAUCCACGAAGUCGGGGUGAAAAAAGAUCUCCCUUGCAAUGAAAAUACGAGCUCCUCACUAGACCGACCGAAGCUCUCCAAAGACGGCGGGAAAACGGGGUUCCCCAAUCACAUGCCCCUUCAACUGGACAACCAAGGCGAAGACAUUGUCUCCAUCGGUGCGACAGCAGACACCAUUACAGGUAUCAGCAGCAGAGAGUACUGUGAAGAGGCCCAGAGAGUUCCUCACUCCGCACACAAGCAGUUUGUGCUCGACCAGCAAAGACUGGGCACCUUCGCUGAGUACGAGGCAAGGUGGAACAUCCAGAAGAAACCAGCAGAAACAAGAGCGUCUGGGCGGUACCGCUCAGCUGACGACAUCCUGGAUCCAGGGCCGGAGGACAGAAGCAAAUCCACCUGUUUGCACGAGAGAUCCAGAUCUUCCCCUUCCACUGACUUCUAUGGGCAGAAGAUUCCAGCACCUGCAAGAAAGUCUGAGACCGAGUAUUCCCAGACAGAGACCAAACCGGCUGAACUGCUCAGCUCUGCUCCCAGGAUCCCUGACAGAGGGCCCGGUGACUGCAAAGUCAGAGAGAAGCCGGAGGAGUUUGAACGUUACUCUGCGCCACCACCUCCGCCCAUGACAGGGGCCAACCCCGACUGCAGACACAGAGCUGCUGCUGCUGCCACCGAGAACCACAGACCCACAUCUGUCUCUCACAGUGUCCCCGAGCCUGCCCUCCUUCAGCCCGCCGACCACAGCCACAACCCGCUGCCAUCUGGACCGAGGAGGAAGCCCCCCGCGCCGGAGAAGCCUCCCCCUCCACGAUGCCCAGAGGUCGACUCCCACGAGUUCUUCACCAGUUCCCAGAGUGAAGCCUUCACCCGCUGCUCCCCUAACGCCGACCGUAGCUCCGCCUUUGUCGCUACCCUCAACCCGGCAAAGGGAGAUUCUGAGCAGAGCAAAGGACUUGUGGACAAAGGACAAGGGGCAGUACAUCGUCUGUCAGCGUCCAACCCUCAGCCUGCCUCUUCUCCCCCGGCUCCCUCCUGUAGACCGACAGCGCUGGCCAGUAUGGAGGGGCAGCGCUCACCAUCUCCACAGUUUUCCCCACAGAGACUCAGCGACAGGCCUCCGGUCUCCCUGCAGGAUGACGACUCAAACAGGAUUGAGCAUGUGAUAGAGAGCCCAAAUUCCGCAGUGAAGAAGGUGCCCAUCAGGAUUGUCCACUCCGAGGGGCUCACGGAAAAGGAGAACAGUCCAUUUCUGCAGCACAGCGACCCGCCUGCUAUAGAAGCUGAGGUUCCUGCUGUUAGCAGACUCGGCAGUCUGGCAGCCGCGGGGCACGACUCUGUCUUCUGCGCCUUUACGAGACAGAGAGAGCCCGACGGGCCGCCGGAUGCUCAGACGGACACAAAGCCCCAGAGAGACGCAUACAUGACCACCGUCGGAGAUCACGUCAACGGCAACUAUCAGCAGCAGCUGCCGCCGCAGCUCACAGACGAGCCCAUCGGCGACAGGCCAGCCGUGACCACGGGAGCGACUGAGGACCAGAAGAGAGAGGAGCUGGCCCGAGACAUCAUGGGCAAGGACAAGUCACUGGUCGACAUUCUGGAUCAGAGCAAGAUGAAAACCACCAUGGACCUGAUGGAGGGGAUCUUCCCUCAGGGGGAGCAGCUGUUGGACGAAGCUCACCAGCGCAGGAAGGUGCCCGCGAAACAGGCGGUCAGCCGGCCUGCCGAGGAAAGGGAAAAGGAGGACAGCAUGGCGGCGGCUGUCACCAUGGUGACCAGCUCCACAUACUACAGCACGUCGGCGCCCAAAGCUGAACUCCUCAUCAAGAUGAAGGACAUGCAGGAGCAGCAAGAGGAAGAGGAGGAGUCAGAGGACGAACUGGACAUUGAUCUGGCCAACAAGAAGCAAGAGCUGAUCGACAGCCUCAGCAAGAAGCUGCAGGUGUUGCGGGAGGCGAGGGAGAGUCUUCAGGAGGACGUCCUGGACAACAACGCCCUGGGAGACGAGGUGGAGGCCCGCGUCCAGCAGGUCUGCAAACCCAACGAGCUGGACAAGUUCCGGAUGUUUGUCGGCGACCUUGACAAGGUGGUGAGUCUGCUCCUGUCGCUGUCGGGCCGCCUGGCCAGAGUGGAGAACGCCCUCAACAGCCCAGAGGAGGACAGUACCGCAGAGGAGAGGCGUACGCUGGUCGAGAAGAGGAAGCUGCUGAUCCGGCAGCACGAGGACGCCAAGGAGCUGAAGGAGAACCUGGAUCGCAGGGAACGCCUCGUCUUCGAAAUCCUGGCCAACUACCUGCAGGAGGACAUCCUCACGGACUACGAGCACUUUGUCAAGAUGAAGUCAGCGCUCAUCAUCGAGCAGCGCAAGCUCGAGGACAAGAUCAAACUGGGCGAGGAGCAGCUCAAGUGUCUGAUGGACAGUCUGCCCAUAGAACAGAGGCUGUCCUUCUGAUGAGGGUUGCACAACGGUCUGAAAUAGCCCAAGUCUGACGCAGUGGAGUCCUGUGUCCAGCAGAGGGAGACAGAGACGACAAGCUGUGGAGGACUUCUGCGUCUCCUGACACGUUUCUCUUCACACGUCCUGAAGUGGACGGCCACAGACUUCACAGGAUCCGUACGUAACCCCCAUUGUGACAGAUGCUGCUUUUUCCCUGGCAUCAAACAACCACUGUUUUUAUUUUAUUUUCAUUUUUUUAGUAAUUUAUUGUAGCCUUUUGAAUCUGCGCAGGAAGGGGGACAGUGUUUUAUCUUCAACCGAUCUGAGCAGCCGUGCUACCGGAUGUGUUUUGACACGCUGAGCAACUAGAAGUUUUUUUCGUGUUUUAUGUUUCACAAUUUUACACAUAAUCCGUCAAAUCAGGCCGAAUAUUUCAAUGAAUCACAAAAACCUUUUGUUAACAUUAACAUAUGAAUUUGAGGCCUUGUACUGAGAUUUAUGUGCCCCUUGUUUUUUCUUUUCGCAAAACAAGAUGAAGACAGUAGGCUGUGAAUGUGCUGGCCAUUUUUUUAAAGAGCACUUCAAGUUCAAGAUCACUACAGAGAAGACGCACUUCAUGGCUGAAUACAUAAAGUGCCUGUGGACCGACUCCCACCAUGUCACUGCAAACUCUUUACAUCCACUUCUUCACGCCGCGUCUGUCUGAGGUGUUUUGGUUUUUUAUUCACAGCUAGAAAAAAAAUCACUUUUAGAUGAUAUUUUGUCACAUAUAUUAUUGACUAAGUGUUUUUCUGUAUUUUCUCUUAUUACUUCACUGUGUUUUCUUAUUCACGGUGCAGACGUUUCAUGCUUAGUUACCACCCAUGUUACUUGACCUCUUGAUAAUUUCAAAACUAAAAAAAAAAAAGUUGAUCAUUUCGCAGGGAGAAUAAGGAAUGAAAUCAUUCCAAAGCAUUUUGACCAGAGUCUUAUCAAGCGUCCACAUUUCAGACUG